AGAGCGAAACACAUAUAAAGAGAGAGACCUGUGAAAGCUUUCGUAGUCACCGGUUUCUCCACCCACAGAGCAGUCGCGUGGUUUUCCGCUCCGUCAUUACUGUUUUGUUGUUAUCUACGAGCUGACAACAAACAAGGUGCUCUCCUGCUGUGAUAAAUUACUAGUGAUUAUCCAACGUGUAACGUUCUUCAAACAGUGAAAUUUACCGUGAAACAAUGUCGAUCGAAUCGAUUCAACCACUGGAAGAAAUUGCAGCACUGCAACAAACCAUCGAAACACGGUGGCAAAAACUGCACGACGAAAACCCCGACGGAGUGUUUCGCUAUCAGCUGGCAAUCGAGCGCGAGAGAGUGACGACCAGGAGAUGUCGGUUUCUCUUGCAGUUGAAUCGCAAGCGAACGACGGCGCGCAGGAAACCGGAUGGCAUCUCAAGCGUGGUUCCAGCGUUCGAUCCCACCUUGUUCAACUUCAAUAAAGUUGAUUCCAGGGAGGUGUUGCUCGAAGUCAAAUCAGGCAAUUGCUCCGUGGCGAUUAUGAUAAACAACAGCCCCCUGACGAAAUUCCACUUCCUGAUUGUCCCGGAUCGGAGUCAGAAUAUGGCGCAAAUAUUAACACAAGAUUCGCUUGAAGCUGUUUUCAAGAUAUUCUUGCUGAUGGGAGAUCACCGGUAUCGCAUGGGCUUCAACAGCCCAGGGGCGUUAGCUUCGGUGAACCACUUGCACUAUCAUUUUAUGCUUAUGUGUCACAAACUUUAUGUUGAGGACGCGCCCCUCACAGCUUUGGGUGAAGAUCUCUAUCUCCUGGAAAACCAGCCCGCCAGAGCGUACUGUUUCCUGCACAAAUCCGGCGAGCCUCCUGCCCAACUCACCAAUCGAAUCUUCCGCCUGAUUAGGAUUCUUCUAUCGCAAAACAUUGCCCACAAUCUGUUCAUCACCUGGAAUGGCUCGAGAGAUACGGUGAGGGCGCUGAUUUACACCCGUUUGAAGCCAUGUGAGAACAAACAGGUGUCCCCAUUCAACGUGGCCUUCUCUGAGCUUAGCGGCUUCGUUCCCCUUGGAGACGAAUCGGAUUACGAAAGGCUAGACGAAAUCCGUCUGGAGGAGUACUUCCGAGAGGCUCAGGGUACGCUGGAUGAGGACGCCUACCGAAAGCUGGAUCAAACCGUGCUGGAUGGAUUAGCCGAUCCAAAUGGAAGAUGAUUGUUUGUUGAUAAUGUUUAGAACUAAGCGGUUGAUAAAUCUCACUCCCACCACAUUUGUAAUCGUCAAUAAAAGGAUUAAACUUA